CCCGCCUCUCGCAAUUCCUGCUGCCCUGGCAAGAGCUCAGUCAGUGUUUGUGAGGAGCGAGCGCGUAGUAGUGAGGGAGAGCGGGGGAGGCGGUGCUACCCCCCCCCUCCCGCCCCGCCAUGGCCUGGGCCGCCACCUCCCCGGCGGACAAGGAGAGAUUCAUCUGCAUCUAUCCAGCAUACUUAAAUAACAAGAAGACAAUAGCAGAAGGAAGAAGAAUACCUAUGGACAAAGCCAUUGAAAAUCCCACAUCUACAGAAAUCCAAGAUGUAUGUGCAGCAAUUGGACUCAAUGUGCUUGUAGAGAAGAACAAGUUGUACCCUAGAGAGUGGAACCGUGAUGUGCAAUAUAGAGGCAGAGUGCGAGUUCAGCUCAAGCUGGAAGAUGGCAACCCAUGUUUACCUCAGUUUCCAACACGUAAAUCAGUGAUGCUGUAUGCAGCAGAAACAAUUCCCAAACUGAAAACAAGGACACAAAAAAUGGGAGGUAGUGACCAAAAUCUCCAGCCAGGAGAGGGAGGCAAAAAAGGCAAAGGGAAGAAGAAGAAGUGAGCCUAUCACUGGCAUAAUUGUUACUUUAUAUAGUCAUUCUACGACAAAUAUGGAUGGACGUUACCAUUUGUGAAUCUGAACUGAGAUACGAAAACAAGAAAACUGGUGAAGCUGUACAGAAUUGUCUUCAAUUUUUUACUGAAAUGGAAAGCAUGUACUGUGCCUGCCAUUGUGUAUCAGUAUUCACAGAACUCCCAAAACCAAAGGUAGCAGCUAGUUUUAAAAGUUACAAACAAUGUAGACAAUUUGAGGGUGGAAACAUGAUUCUUUUCAUGGAUAAAUAUGCAGUUGUUUGGCUUUCAAAAUAAAAACAAAGCCUAUUUUAUGCAGA